UCGGAUUUCGGUCGUUCGUCGUGCAUCGCGAUCUUUUUCUGCGCUCUGUGGUUUUGCCGUUGAAUUUUUCCUCCAGAAACGAGAAUAUUGCACAGUUAUUUUGAGUUUAUUACGAAUAUUUUACGUUUACGUUACUUAUCAAAAUGGUUUUUCGUUGUUGAGUGCUGUUUGGAGUUGAGUGAACGUUGAAAAGUGUUUUCUAUGUGCGGUGUAUAAGCAAGCGGCUGUUUAUUUGAACCAUUGGCGGUUUCUGUUAUGAAUUGAAGCCAUUUUAGUUAAAAAGGGAUUUUGGGAUUUGAAAGUUACAAUGGAUGAUUUAAUGAUAAAGAUCGAUGAGCUGAUUCUGGAAUCGUUCUCUUUGGAAUCUCGGUUGGACGAAUCGUGUCGGGCCAGCAUCAAAAGUAUCGAUGAACAUUUAUUUCAAACGUUAUCGACCGGAACUCCGAUUCAAAACAAAAAACGCCAGAGACGAUUGGAAUCCAUUAAUGAUAACGAGGACAAUCAUGAAAUAUCAGGCUUGGCCGAAAGCAAGGAAUCGUCAGACACUUCGGCAAGAACAAGUCGACUUAACAGAACCAGUAUUCACGGGCAUGAUAAGAAAAAAUCAUUUGCGACAGAAUCUGUGUCCACUACUAUCGCUUCGAUUCCAUCGGUUCAGGAGGAUGAGAAACCCAGAGAAUCAUCCGGUCGGCCAACGAGGACCGCUCGGGUUAAGGCUAACCAAAACUUGAAGGAACCCAAAAUCAAUACAAAACUUCGGCAGCCAAGUCUCAAUAUCAAGAAGGAGCGUAUUUCAACAGAACUAGCUAAGGACCAGCAGCCUCCGGUGGAACCGAUGGAACUGGACAUCGAAAAUGAUGCCAACUUUAUGAAUGGAAUUGCUCCCUUGGAUAAGGGUAAGGAUUUGCCCGAAGAGCGGAAAAGCAAUGAUGAAGGUUUUGGCAGUACUAAUGAGAAAGAAAAAGAAAUCGAAGAUCUCGCAUCAAGGGAAAUGUCAAUCAUGGUUGUUCCCCAGCCAAUUCCUAAGGUCGAGGUUUUAUCCGAUGACGAAGCUAGUGAGAAAAUGCCCCCACCUUCGAUGCCUCCACCCUCCAAGACGGCUCCAAAAGCCAAAACUCGCGUCAAGAAGACGGAUUCCAAGACCAAAAUUUCCUUGGUAUCGAUUAAGCGUGAAAAAGACGCCGAUGAAACUUCUUCAGCAGUUUCCUCGGAUUCAACCCUUUCCAACGCGUCCACCACGAAAUCCACCCGGGGACGUAAAAAGAAAGCCUCCUCGAGCCAACAGUCGUCGGAAUCGGACAAGAUUCACAUCAAAACCGAAAAGCUCUCGAUCGAAGAGGGUAAGUCGAAGUCUUCUUCCGGAAAAGCUGCGGCGCUGACCAGUCCAACACAGUCCGAGAAGUCGGUAUACGAGGAUGCGCUCGAUGGCGAUUCGCUAAUGCGACCCGUAACGAUAGCGCUCCACAAGAUGCCAAUCGCGGCCGAUGCCGAACGGAAUCAAACCUUCGCCAUGGAAAGCAACGGCACAUUCACGCUUCCGGCAGCAAACGGAACCUUUGUCGUUCCGUCUCCAACGGGUGUGGCCAAUGGAACAUUCAACGAUGUCAAAUCACCGGAAAAUGCAAACGCCACGUUCGACGUUCGCAAUCCCGGAAACGGAACCUUUGUUGUUGAUCCCAAGAGAAACGAAAAUCAGCAACGAAAUCUCAUCAAUGCCAGCAUAAUGACCGAAGACAACUCCAUAGAAGAAAGUCCGGAAAAACCGAAACCGAAACCAGCGGCCAAGAAACCGUCGGUCGCCAAAAAACCGGUCCCUCCUUCGAAAUCAACGAAAAACAAAAAUGAACUUUUCAAUCUGGCAAGUCCCAUCAAGGCACGCAUCGAGGCUUUCGAAAAAGCUGCUAUCGGCUCUCCGAUGCAGGCUAGGCCAACCUCCAAAACCACAACGCCUUCCCAAUCGGCACGGCUUCCCCCGAAAACUUCAACCACACCGCUGGCCUCCCAACGGUUCCCCAGCUCAGCCAAAGCCACAGUCCAUACACCCACAGCGCAAAGUAUUCUGCCCACAACGCUUAGCAAGGGGGCAUCGGCUUCGGCUUCCAAGUUGGCCCAUCUUCAGAAGAAACCGCAGCUCGCUUCAGCUGGGCUCACCAAAUCCCACAGCUUGUCGCGGGAACCAAGUAUUGAACGGAUGGGCACGUUAUCGGCUGCUUCCAGCCAGUCUUCGCUAGCCGUGGCCGACGAAAAGAAGAAGAAGCGCGAAGAAAAGCAACGGUUAGCUCAGCAGCAGCGAGAACAAAUCGAAAAAGAAAAACGAGAGCACGCGGAAAAGUUGAUGCGCGAGAAGGAAGAAAAGCAUCGAAAGUUGGUACAGGAAAAGGAGGAAAAAAUGCGCGCCGAUUUAGUGAAAAAGGCUAAAAAGAUGGAAGAGUUCGAGAAGCGGCGGCAUCUGGAGGAGAUCAAUCAGCGAAUGCUGGCCGAACAGAAGAGGGAAGAACUGGCCAAAUUGGAGCAGCAGCAGAGAACUGAUCGGGAGCAUGCUGAAAUGUUGAAGCUGAGCCAAGUCAAGGAAAACUAUGAAAUCAAACUGCACAAACAAAUGUACCAACAGAAGCUACAGCAACAGCAAAAACUCCAACAGGCCCAACAGCUGCAGCAGCAGCAACUUCAGCUCAAAAAACUGAAACAGCAAACGGCAUCCGGUAGCAGCAGCAGCAACGAGAAGACGGCAGCCGAUAAGGUUUACUUCAACUUCGAUAUGAUUGAAACGGACGAUUCGACCGACGACGAAAGCACCAGCUCGAGCAAGAAAACUAAACGUCCCCCACUGCCCCCAUGGUGUUCGAAGGAAGAACGACGCCACCCGAUCCGGAUACAGGGGGAAAUCAAACUAAAUGUGAUCGAUCAGUUCUUUUCGGUGGCUCCGAUGACGCCGGACCUGCGGGAAAUUUUCCCGACCAUCGAUGCUCGCAAGCUGAAACGCAAUUCCAGUGCCGUCUGGCGGACGCCUCCACGCUACUCCCAAAUGCCCAAGUACUGAUUCAGUCGGUUGCCUGUUUCUCCUCCAUUUAAAUAGACGGUAGAUUUAGGAAUCACUAACAACACUUCACCAUCUCUAAUAUAUAAAUGUAUCCUCAAAGAUAAGAAUGCCCAAUCUCAGCUACUGACCUGCUCAGAAAGGUAAGUGGGAAUUUAUUUCUUGUGUGCUUGUGUUGAAAUAAGUAUUUUUUGAUUUGCUUAAACUUGAAAAUUAAAUCUACGAAGCAAAACCCGAAUCUGUAGCUGAUGUUGUUUUGAAGCCAAUUUUCGUCAUGUCCAAAACUGAAGAGGAUAUUUUGGCAUAAUUACGACUGACUAAAGUGUCUGAUCCAGUGAUCAUUCUAGAGUGAACUUAAUAACCAUCCAUGUCAUCGUUGUUUCAAAAGCUACAAUUGUAAUAAACUUGUUAUACUUUAAACAACCCACAAGCAAUCCCAAAUAACAGUUAUAAACAACAAUUUUUCAACGCUAACCCUUAUGCUCGAACGACGAAAACUUUGAAGCGCAAAUUCAUCUCUUUGCGAAUUCUGGAUACCCCUUUUGUUUAUAUUUUCUUGUUUCUAGCCAUCAUGACUUGAUAUACAUAUAACCUUAGUUAACUGCAUGGCUAAGUAUUAAUUAGUAAUCUAUUCAAAAUAAAAUUUUAUUCCAAUA